AUGCAUCAGUCUGGGGGAUUGACGAUUACGAAGCUGUGCGGCGAACUUGAAUGUCCCAAAUACCAUUUGUGCCAGGUUCACGAUCUACAAUGCUACCCAUGUCCAUCGUAUUGCAAUAAGACAUCGCAUAAUUUCGACGUUAAUAUAUGCGAACGACAGUGCCAAGAUUACAUUCAUGAUUUUAUUCAGCAUUAUGUGAGAGCUGACGAAAUCCAAGAUUCACUUCAAGAAUUGGAGUUCUUGAAAUUUUGGAUGCUGUGUUUAACAAUAUUGACGGUCAUUGCAUUAAUCUCAAUGUUUUUCGCUUCCAUGUUUUUAUGGACCCGCAAGAGGAAAACAUUAAACAUUGAGAACGGGCGCAAAGAAACGCGAUUGAAAAAUAAUAUGUUUUCUGUAAAGUUCAAAGACAACGCAGUCAGUAUACUCAGCGAGACAAUUGACAACCAAUAGACUGGGAAAACGAUGAUAUCAGCGCGAACAACGAUGAGCUCGUCAUUC